CUCUCUAUCCCGUGUCUUGCUACUCCAUUUUAUAGUACAAGACGAGAAUCAUACUUCAGUUUCUCUCUUUUAAAACUCUUCUCUCUGUCUAAAAUUCUUUGAAUCAUUUCUUUCUUCUGCAAUUCAUUUAUUCCACAAAAUUUGUAAAAAAGUUUUGGAAUUUUCGUCUACAUUUCCAAGUUGUUGAAUCGGCCGGCAUUUGGCAACGUUUUUAGAGAUCUGUGAAACAAAUUUAUAGAUGGAUCCACAAACGCAGCUGAGGAGAUUAGUAUCUUUAUCGCCUUCACAAACACCUCGUUCAACUGAUAAGGCGACAAGAGAUCUGCGGUCAGGAGACGGAAAUUCUAGUCAUAAACACGAUAAAGAUAAAGGAGUUAAUGUUCAGGUUCUACUUCGAUGCAGGCCUUUAAGUGAUGAUGAAAUGAGGGUUAAUACACCUGUAGUGAUUUCCUGUAAUGAGAAUAGAAGAGAAGUGAAUGCAGUUCAGAAUAUAGCAAACAAACAAAUUGACAGGACAUUUGCAUUUGAUAAGGUCUUUGGUCCAACAUCCCAACAACAAGACUUGUAUGAGCAAGCUGUUUCUCCUAUUGUGAAUGAAGUCCUAGAAGGCUAUAACUGCACAAUUUUUGCCUAUGGUCAAACAGGGACUGGGAAAACGUACACUAUGGAAGGGGGAGGGAAGAAAGCCAAGAAUGGGGAAUUUCCAAGUGAUGCUGGUGUCAUACCUAGAUCUGUUAGGGAAAUUUUCGAUAUACUUGAAGCCCAGAAUGCUGAGUACAGCAUGAAAGUAACAUUCCUGGAGUUGUACAAUGAAGAGAUAAGUGAUCUUUUGGCUCCAGAAGAAAUAUCAAGAUUUGUUGAUGACAAGUCGAAAAAGCCAAUCGCCCUCAUGGAAGAUGGGAAAGGGGGUGUUUUUGUAAGAGGUCUGGAAGAAGAGAUAGUGACUACUGCAAGUGAAAUAUAUAAAGUAUUGGAAAAAGGGUCUGCGAAGAGGAAAACUGCAGAAACUCUUCUUAACAAGCAAAGUAGUCGUUCUCACUCUAUAUUUUCAAUCACCAUUCACAUAAAGGAGUGCACGCCUGAAGGAGAAGAGCUAAUCAAAUGUGGAAAGCUUAACCUUGUUGAUCUUGCUGGGUCUGAGAACAUUUCACGUUCUGGUGCGAGAGAGGGUAGAGCAAGAGAAGCUGGAGAGAUUAAUAAAAGCUUGCUUACACUAGGCAGAGUCAUUAAUGCGCUUGUUGAGCACUCCGGACAUGUUCCGUACAGGGACAGCAAGUUGACAAGAUUACUGCGGGAUUCCUUGGGAGGGAAAACCAAGACAUGCAUAAUUGCCACUGUAUCACCCUCCAUCCACUGUUUGGAAGAGACUCUCAGUACCCUAGAUUAUGCACACCGCGCUAAAAAUAUCAAGAACAAGCCUGAGGUGAAUCAGAAGAUGAUGAAAUCUGCAGUAAUCAAGGAUUUGUACUCCGAGAUUGACCGCCUUAAGCAAGAGGUUUAUGCUGCAAGAGAGAAGAAUGGUAUCUAUAUCCCUCGGGAUCGAUAUCUUCAAGAAGAAGCUGAGAAAAAGGCCAUGGCUGAGAAAAUAGAGCGCAUGGAACUUAAUUCGGAAUUCAAGGACAAGCAAUUGGAAGGGCUCCAGGACCUUCAUAAUGCUCAGUUAUUGUUGACAGCAGAGUUGAGUGAAAAACUCGAAAAAACUCAGAAAAAACUCGAAAAUACUGAACAUGCACUUUUCGAUCUAGAAGAGAGAUAUAGACAAGCAAAUGCAACCAUCAAAGAAAAAGAAUUUUUGAUCUCUAAUCUCCUUCGAGCAGAAAAAGCCCUUGUUGAAAGGGCAUUUGAGCUUCGAUCAGAACUAGAGAAUGCAGCAUCAGAUGUGUCAGGAUUGUUCGCCAAAAUUGAGCGCAAAGAUAAAAUAGAAGAUGGAAACAGAAAUAUUGUCCAGAAAUUCCAAUCUCAAUUGACUCAGCAACUUGAGGUCUUGCACAAGACAGUGUCAGCUUCUGUGGUGCAGCAGGAACAACAACUUAAAGAAAUGGAGGAAGAUAUGCAUUCUUUUGUUUCCACAAAGGCAGAUGCUACUGAAGAACUUCGAGGACGGGUUGGAAAGCUACAAACCAUGUAUAAUUCAGGAAUUAAAACUCUAGAUGAUCUAGCAGGGGAACUUGAUGGAAAUUCUAGUUCAACUUUUGCGAACAUGAAUUUAGAGGUUUCUAAACACUCAUCUGCCCUUGAGGAUCUUUUGAAGGGCGUGGCUAAAGAGGCUGACGUUCUACUUACGAAACUUCAAAGUAGCCUCUCCAAUCAAGGGGAUAAGCUGACAUCGUAUGCACAGCAACAGCGUGAGGGAUACUCCAGAGCAGUGGAAACCACUCGGUCUAUUUCCAGAAUUACAGUAAACUUCUUCCAGACAUUAGACGUACAUGCUUCAAAAUUGUCUCAGAUAGUGGAAGAAUCACAAACUGCCAAUGACCAGAAAUUGUGCGACCUUGAACAGAAAUACGAGGAGUGCGCGGCUAAUGAAGAAAAACAACUUUUAGCGAAAGUAGCAGAGCUACUAGCAAGUUCAAGUGCAAGGAAGAAAAAGCUGGUUCAGACAGCAGUUGCCGGUCUUCGAGAGAGUGCAUUGUGCAGAACUGAUGAAUUACGUCAAGAAGUGUCAACAAUGCAAGAUUUCACUGGGUCUGUUAAAGGAGAGUGGACAACUUACAUGGAAAAAACGGAAACUAAUUAUUGCGAGGAUACUGCUGCAGUUGACAGUGGAAAGAAUGAUUUGGACGAAGUUCUUAAGCAGUGUAUGACCAAGGCAAAAAUGGGUGCACAACAAUGGAAAGAUGCACAAGAGUCCCUCAUUAGUGUGGAGAAAGCCAAUGCUGCAUCUGUAGAUUCAAUUGUUCGGAGCGGAAUGGAAGCCAACCAGAUUCUUCGUGGUCGACUAUCUGCUGCUGCCUCAUCUUCUCUUGAAGAUGUAGAUAUUGCAAACAAGAGUCUCCUUUCAUCUAUUGACCAUUCAUUAAAACUUGAUCAUGAGGCACGUGGGAACAUCAGUUCUAUGGUUGAUCCUUGUUGUGAGGAUAUGAGGGAACUGAAGAGUGGUCACUACCACAAGAUUGUUGAGAUCACAGACAAUGCAGGAAACUGUCUUGAGAAGGAGUACACGGUGGAUGAGCCAUCUUGUUCAACCCCAAGAAAGAGAUCGUACAAUCUACCAAGCAUGUCAUCCAUCGAAGAACUCAGAACUCCGGCAUUUGAGGAGUUGUUGAAGCCAUUUUGGGAAGCAAAGUCAGGCAAGCAUGCAAAUGGGGGGGAUGUAAAGCAUUUAUCAGGGCCAUACGAGAUCAGCGCUCAGUCGUUGAGAGACUCUAGACUUCCUCUCACUGCUAUUAAUUAAAGUGAAUAAAGCGAAAAACAGAAGAGAGAUGAGAUUCCCGGGAAAAUAGAAGUAAAAAAUAGGGCUUGUACAGAUAAAUAGCUCGUAUGAUGUACUCUCUCGUCCACGUAUCUUGUUAAGUUUAGAAAGAAGUUGGAGGGUGAAGUACAUAUCUUUGAUAUUUGCUACGAACAUAUAGCUUUAUUCUUUCGGCUGCGUAGGAGUUUCAAUUUAUUUGAAAUCCAAUGCUUUCUAUUGAGUGGAUUAUGUAGAUCUACGUAUAGGGAUUUUUGAGUGUGAUUUUGCAUUUUUUUCUUUCUUGAAAGUUACUUAUAUUGAAAAGCAAAGAGUUACAUGGGAUUUUCCAAAA